CGGGCAAGGUCUGGCGUGGACGGAGUUUUUCGACUUCCCCACCCGCCGACAGAAGGUGUUUGCGGAUUAUGUUCACUGCUUUCUGCCUCCGUUGUUUCUCCACGGCGCGAAUGCAAAGCAAGUCGCUCUCUCGGGCAAAGAACCUUCGUGUGGGCCGCGCGACUGCGUGAUUGGUGUAGAAAGCCGUGUUGGCCUCGACUUGCGAGCGCAACAGCAGAGGGACGACUGUUCCUGCGAAGCCCAGAAAGAACGGAAAAUGCGUUGGCCCGAUGCGGCAGCACAAACGUCAUGGAGAUUCACAGCUGAAUUCUACAUUCUCGUGCAGAAACGUUGGACGAGUAUGCGAGCACGUCUCGCUAUCUUUUCUCAACCUCGCCGCUCGCGACACGGCUGCCCAGAUCAGCCAGACGGCUCGGACGCAUGGCAAUCUGCGACGCAGAGAGUGACCGAUGCCUCUCUGCUUCUCGAAUUCGCAGUUCCGGCCUUCACACCCUCGAAUCCGUCGGUUUGCACGUGGCCUGUCUACGAAGAAGUGUCAAACCUCCAAAAACCGGAAGUGAAGAUCUGUUUCGUGGAAAAAUCUCGAAUAUUCAGAGAUGCCCACGACCACGUAUACGGCACUUGUUUGCUUGAGGCGCGUUCAAACUCUCCGUCCGCCUCGUCUGUUGAGACUGGAUUCCAAAAUCGACAAGGCUGGUCUGGUUCUUAGAAAACUUUUCCCGUCAGCAGUUCUCUAAAGAGUCACGAGCCCUUCCACUCCUGUGUGCCGAAACACGGAAAACCCACAAUUUAGCUGCAGGACAACCGUUCACUUUCUACGCGACUCUUCACCACUCUCUGAAACACACGCCACCUAGAGCGUACUGUCAACCAGUGAGCACCGCCGACAGGGCGGAGCCUGCCGCGCUCACCUGCCAGCACAUGUGCAUUCGUGGGUCACGGAACACGGUACUGAUGAAAUUAUGAGAGAAAACAUGAGCAAGGGAGAGUCUGAAAGGGUUUGAGCCAGAAUUUACACGCGAAACUGUCGACUCCGGAGCACCCCGCAUACACUUGACCCCACCCUCGAUUUCGCGUACUGGACUAGAUUUCAUAGCGAAGAGCGCAAAUCAAGAAGCAGCUUUUUCUUCUGUUGC